GCUCGACAUGGGGACUGGGGGUUAGCCAUCAGGCUAAUCUGAGAACUACCAAUGUUAUCGAGCAUUGAUCGAUAAAAGCCCGAGGGUUCGGGUCACAACAUGAGGUUCUAGCAAUACAUCUAGUGGCUUGCAGUGUCUGAGCAGCAUUUGUACUAGACUCCAGCUUGCGCCAGUACCUUCAGGAUCAGACCUUCAUAGUUAUAACAUAUGAAGGUACGAUUCUACUCUUGAUACUUUCCAUAAGUCCGACUCGAGGCUCUCUAUCUGAAAGUUCUGGCAUUGUCGGCUCGUCAUUUGAUCGAUUCUUUGUAAUUAUAUACAUCAUUUCCUGUACUUCGAUGUUGCCGUUUUAAAGUUGUCAACGUUUCGAGAUGCAGCUUCCAUCUCCAGAGAUAAUUGCCUCUUGGCCAGUACCAAACUAUGUCGACCCAAAAACGCGUGGAAAUGCAGUUCUAGUCGUCAAUGCAAUAUUAUUUCCAGUCGCUCUAUUCAUAAUACUCAUUCGGCUCUACACCCGACUUCAAAUAUCGAAAUGUUUUGGAUUAGAUGACUGGCUCAUUAUUGCAGCGAUGGUGCCUUCGACAGCAUUUGCUGUCCUUGCGGUUCUUGCGGAGGAAUUUUUCAAGUUCAAUCGACAUGUAUGGGAUCUUCCGUUGUCUCAGGUCAAAUUUGGGCUGCAAUAUGUCUUGAUUACACAAGUUAUCUUUACACUUGGACAAACCCUGACAAAAUGUUCUAUGCUCGCAUUGUUAUAUAGAAUUCUGUCAAGCGGGAGACGGUUCAAGAUCAUGACUAUCGCAGCUACAGUCAUAAUUGCUGUCCAAGGAACAGUUUUCAUCAUCGUUGUCAUUUUUCAAUGUCGGUUAGUCAACUAAUAUGUGUAUACUGUUCUUCAACAUGCUUAUUGACUAAACAGACCAGUCUCUCAUUAUUGGCUUAUAACAUUCGCUCCUCAACCAGAAUGCAUCAAUCAAAAAGUUCAUGUCACGUUUGCUGGGAGCUUCAAUACUUUAACUGAUUUUUUUGUGGUUAUUUUACCUAUCCCUAAAAUGCUUAAAUUACAAAUUUCUCAACGACAACGCCUCAUCGUCAUUUUUCUUUUUGCCGCCGGAUUUCUUGUUUGUAUAGCUGGAACCGUGAGGACUUAUUACACCUAUGUAGAAUUGACUUCUACGGAUGUAACAUGGGACGAUUAUUACGUCUGGAUCAGUAGUUCUGUUGAACUUUAUGUUGGCAUAGUAUGCACCUCCCUCUUCUUCUACCCCUUUCUACGCCACUCUAUGCCAUCGAUAGAAGAUAUCAAUUACAGCUCUAACACACUCCAGAUCGGUGCCUCUGUGCCUGCCAUUAAACCAUUCUUCACACGCUACAUACCUGUCCUCCUUGGUCAUACUUCCAAUUCCAGCCACAAGAAUCAUUAUGUCAUGUCCUCUUCCGACAAAGUACCUUUCUCAGGAUCCAACACCAACACCACAACACGAACCUCGCGUACACCAGGAACACUUCCACAAGUCGAUAUCGAGAUGGGACAUACUCCAGAGCGAGAAUUGAGAACAAAUAUACAUUCAAUGAAUCUAGAUGCCAUUGAAGAGGUACGCGGAAGCGAUACCAGUCUUUCGAGUUUUGUACAUAUAGGACUGGAAAGCGACAGGGAAAGAACGAGUAAUGAAUACAAGGGCGUAGAUAUUGUGGAGAAUCGUGACAUAGGAUCAAGAAGCGAGGAGACAUUUGAUUACGCGAGGACUUUUACGAGAACUUCUACGAGGAAUUCUAAGGAUGUUUUAAUUGAUGAGGUGGAUUCAGGUAUGGCAGUGCCUCCCAAAUCUCACCUUUCGCGGUCUUCUCGAUGACUACUAGCCUAGAUGGCGUAGUUGAAGGGCUUUGAAUGCAUACAUUUUCAUAUAGGUUUCUGAGUUACUCUGGUAGUGGAAGUUUACCGGUUUUGGGAAUUGAGGAUUUCAUCUAUAUCUGUUGGAGUUGAUAGGGGUCAGGCGUCAAGGAAGCGUUAUGGAAAUCCUCAUGUAAGAUUAUAUGAUAU